CCUUAUCCAUCCUCCAUCAUCCAUCAAUGCAGGUGAUUGAUUACCUUGGCCUAGACCUCAAACAAGUACAACUUUAACAACUACAACAACAAUAACAACAACACAAUCAAUACUACCGAUUCACUACAUCGCGUUCACAAGCUAACUUCUUGUUGAUAAAAAGAAGUUAAAAAACUCACCUCUUUUAAUACGACCCAUACCUUCAAUUUUUCUUGUUCAACCAUCAACCACUUUCUCAACUCCACUAAGAGCCGCCGAGGUCGACCUUCAUCAUGGCUUCUAAAGGGAAGAAGGUUCUAUUGAAGGUUAUCAUACUUGGUGAUAGCGGUGUCGGCAAGACGAGCUUGAUGAAUCAAUAUGUCAACAAGAAGUUUAGUGCCAGCUACAAGGCGACCAUCGGAGCCGAUUUCCUAAACCGAGAGGUCUUGGUUGAUGACCGACAAGUCACGAUGCAGCUUUGGGACACAGCCGGCCAAGAGCGCUUUCAGUCUUUAGGCGUCGCAUUCUACCGAGGUGCCGAUUGUUGCGUACUAGUCUUCGAUGUCAACAACUCCAAGAGCUUCGAUGCGCUAGAUAGCUGGAGAGAUGAGUUCUUAAUCCAAGCUUCGCCGCGGGACCCCGAGAAUUUCCCUUUCGUCGUACUGGGAAACAAGAUUGAUGUUGAGGAGAGCAAGCGAGUCAUUUCGAGUAAGCGAGCAGCAACUUUCUGCCACUCCAAAGGCGAUAUUCCCUACUUCGAGACCAGUGCCAAAGAGGCUGUCAACGUUGAGCAAGCAUUUGAAGUCAUCGCACGGAAUGCGCUAGCUCAGGAAGAGUCGGAGGAGUUCAGUGGAGAUUUCCAGGACCCUAUCAACAUUCACAUCGAGAACGACCGCGACGGAUGUGCAUGCUAAGCAUUUUAUGGGCCUUAAAUGUCCCUAGCAUAUCGUCCUAUCGUGUGUUGUCCCGGCCUUUUCACGACUCAUCCUAUUGACUAGCAUUGGUCCAUUUAUAUGCAGUUCAUUUGCGCCUUCUCAACCAUCAUUUGCCUCUUUGUAUGCGAGACAUCAGGUUUAGGGGGAGAAAGCUCCAGGGACGAGUUACGGACUCGGAGCAAGUGGAAAAUAGAACCACGGACGUAAUAAGUGUGUAUAGAGCAGUAUAUGCAUCGCAUUUUGGUUUGUCCCGUGGGUAUGGGAUUGUACAGUCGAGUCUUGGGCGUCCCGUCAUGGUAUAUUUGACCCAGGACUUUAUUGAUGCAUCAAUUUUGAUAUUUUCCCAGUCAGCAUUCAGAAGUGUUCCUCUUUUUUUUUUUAGUUAUCAUGUCACCAAAUUCUCAUGAUAUGAUUGCAUGUUGAGCUUGUGAUAAUGUUUAUAAGUCCAAGUAUGGGCAUGUGACGAUAUCUGUCGAUUCCCGUGACUGUCUUA